UCAAAUGUUAAAAGAUACUGUACGUACUGUACGAAAUUGUUCAUUAGAUCAUAUGCUGCGAAAUAAUUUUGUUUAUUUACUGCAGGAUGCAUUUGAUCUUUUGAAAAUUUUAUUGCCUCCUUAUAUUGAUUUAAAUUAAAUCAGGUUUAUGAAAUUAGGGUAAAAUGUCGUCUGAAAUCUUUGAAAAUUUAGAAGAGGAUUUUAUAUCUUCGAGAGAUGGCUUGAGUAUAAAAAUUGAUGAACUUGUAUCUAAAUCUUCAGGACAAGCCAGAAAAAAUCUCUUAAGAGAAAUACAGAGAGAAUUAGAUGAUGCUCAAAGUGUGUUAGAAGAUCUAGAAUUGGAAGCUAAGAAAGCUCCAUAUCCUUUUCGUUUGCAAAUGAAUAACCGAUUAAAAAGCUAUCGCCUAGACCUCAAUCAUAUGAAGAAAAAAGUUAGUCAAAGUGAAAAUAAUCUUGCAACAUCAAAGCGAAAUCAGCUUUUAGGGCCUUCGAACCCAUCGAGUAGUGCAAAUUAUCCUUCCGGCAACGUUGCGGCUGGAAACCGUGGGAGGUUGUUGCAAAUGAAUGAAACUAUAGAACGAACUGGGCAGACGAUAACUAGAACACAGCAGAUUGCUGCAGAAACUGAUCAGGUUGGUAUUGCUGUUGUUGAUGAACUUGGAGCUCAGAGGGAGUCUUUAAUAAGGACUAAAGAAAGACUUGUAGACACUGACGCCAACCUGUCAAGAAGCAGGAAAAUUUUACGUUCCAUGUACCGUAGAGUUAUGACUAAUAAAUUAAUUUUAAUUGUAAUCAUAAUAUUAGAAGUGGCAAUUUUGUUUGGCGUUGCAUACUAUAAAUUUUUUCGAUAGUGAUUAUUUAUUAAUUUUU